AUGGAUGAAGCUAAGAUUCUUGUGGACUUGCUACUUGAGGACCUUGAAUUGGCACUGAGAGAUAACUCAUAUUCGGUCCUUUCUGGAGAGAGUCCAAUGGUGAUUUCACUCUAUGAAGAUCUCAAAAUCAUAAAAUCUUUUCUGGAAAGAAUUCAACAUGCCCCCAUUGAUCAAAAGCAACUCCAAUCUUUCUUUGUCACAGAGAUUAGAGAUGUGGUCUUGAAGAUGUUGGUGGAUGUUGACUCUUAUAUCGUCAAUACUUUCACAAAGAAUGAAGGAAAUUUUGGAACGGAGAUUGGCAGUCUCUUUCAGCUUUCACCUGAGCUUUCCUUUCGAGCAAAACAGAUUGACUUGUACAAGAAAGAGAUUUUGGAAAUUCACAAUGAUGCCUUAAUUGGUCCCUCUGUGACAACAAUCAAAGAUGUUGGAGAAGUUUCAUUGAAAACCAGGAGCAGAACUCUCAGCUUUCUAAUGGAAGAAAAGAUGGUAGGCUUUCAGGAUGAGGCAACUGCACUACUGGACAGGCUUACUGGCGGGGAACAGAUGCAGCUUGAAGUGAUUUCCAUUGUUGGGAUGGGAGGAAUUGGCAAGACAAAAUUGGCAAAAAGAUUGUACACUGAUCCAGUUGUUGUUCAUCACUUCCAUGUACGUGGAUGGGCAACCACUAGUGAUAGUGGUCUACUUGAGGUAAACAAUAUAUUGCAGGACAUCUUAAGUUGCAUUAUCAAUGCCAAAGAAAACGUAAAUAAAAUGACUUACAAGCAAAUGGAAGAGAAGUUAAUGAACUGUUUAAAGGGGAAGAGAUAUUUGAUUGUGAUUGAUGGUUUAAGGAACUGGGAUCCAUUUUCUCUGAGGGGCUUUGGUAGAUUCUUCCCAAAUGAUUGUGCUGGUAGUAAAAUUUUGUUGACUAGCAGGACCAAAGAAGUAGUUUUGAGAUUGAACCCAAGCAGCCCCCUUCAUUUUUUGCGCUAUUUAAGCCAUAGUGAGAGUUGGAGAUUAUUUGAGAGUAAAGUAUUUACCAAUACGAGAUGUCCCCUUGAGUUGAUGGAAGUAGGAAAGGAAAUUCUUUCAAAGUGCUGUGGACUCCCACUUUCAAUUGUUGUUUUAGCUGGAGUUCUACAGAAAGAUAUCUCGCGAGAGUGGUGGAUGCAUAUUGCUGAAGAUAUGACUUCAGCUGUUGGGGGUGAAGAAGAACAACUCAUGCAUAUUUUAGCCAUUGGUUAUGAGCACUUGCCUGACUGGUUGAAACCAUGCUUUCUUCAUCUAGGAUCAUUUCCUAAAGGCUAUGAAAUCCCUGUCAAGAAAUUAGUCCGGUCAUGGACUGCUGGGAGAUUCAUAAAGCAUAAUGGAGAAAAGAAAACGGAAGAUGUAGCAGACGAUUAUCUGUCGUAUCUAGUUGACAGAAGUCUAGUUAUAGUUUCCAAGAGAAGAUCCAAUGGUGGGAUAAAGACUUGCUAUAUCCAUGAUUUCUUGUGGGAUUUAUGUCUGAAGAAAGCUAAGGAUAACAUGCUUCUGAGGCCAAUUUGUAUUUAUGAACAAACUUCUCUUUUCUCAACUGCUCAGUUAACUUUUCUUCUCUACCAUGCUCAAGGUGUACCAGAUCUAGAUCCACCUUAUCAUUUCUUUGAUUCUCUGAAAGACUUGAGGAUAAGUUUUCCUAAGACGGAAUCAUUAGUGACAAAACUUCUCAUAGUGUUGGAUUUAGAAAACAUCAUCCUACAAGUCUUUCCUCUAGAGAUAUUAGUGAUGGUUCAUUUGAAGUACUUGUCACUUAAUAUUCCUUCCCUGAGGAAGCUUCCACUCCUGUGUAACUUUUGGAACCUGGAAACCUUCAUUCUUGUCACAGAAAAGGGGGCAACGGUCACCUUACCACAUGACAUUUGGAAAAUGGUAAACCUAAGGCAUUUGCACAUUUCAGGGGAGCUGGAAUUUGAAAGAGCCUGUUCAAGUUCUUCAAGUCCCUUUAUGCUGGACAAUCUGCAAACCAUUUCUCAGUUAUGUCCUUCAAGUUGUAUCAAGGAUAUAUUGGCAAAGAUGCCCAAUCUAGUAAACUUAGGAUGCAAUCUAUCUUUUUCAAACACUGCUAAAGAUUUUCUGUUCCCUGAUCUUUCCAUUUUAAAACUACUGGAAACAUUAAAAUUUGAUAUUCAAACAUGGGGAACACUACAGUUCUGUUACAGUAGUCCUCAACCAACUUCAUUUCCUCCAAGCUUGAAGAAGCUGACUCUGAUAGGUAGUCUGGAUUGGAAAGAGAUGUCAACCAUUGGGAGGUUGCCAAACUUAGAAGUUCUAAAAGUGAAAAACAAUUUCUUCAAUGGACAGCAAUGGGAAACUAGUGAUGAGGGGUUUCAUCAUCUCAAAUUCUUGAAACUUUCACAUACAAAUCUUCAACGCUGGUUUGCCUCGAGUAGCAGCUUCCCUUGCCUCGAGCACUUGGUGCUGCAUAGAUGUCUAGUACUGGAGGAAAUACCACCUAGCAUUGGAGAUAUCCAAACUCUGCAGAUGAUUGAGGUCAGUCAUUCAUCACCAGCUGCAGCAGAUUCUGUUUGGCAAAUUCAAGAAUCACAGAAGUAUAUGGGUAAUUUUGAACUCAAGGUCUUUACUCAACCCCUCUGUGAAGUGGAAUAG